UCUGACGAAUAAAAAGCUGUAGCCUAUAGAUCGGCUUUUUAACCGGGUCCCAAAGCAGCCAGGCUUUAAAGGAACCGAAUCCGCUUCAAUUGAAGACGGGAGGCUUUAACAAGUGACAAAGGGUUGGAAAAGCAGAGCGAACAUGAGCGACAAGAAGGGGACAGUCUCACCGAAAGAGAAGGAGGCGACAGAGAAGAGAGGGCGUGGAAGACCCCGCAAGCAGGCCCAGGUAAAAACCUCUGACGAUCCAAGUGGGUCCCCAUCUCCAAAGAGACCCAGAGGACGACCAAAGGGCAGCAAAAACAAGGCAACCGGCAAGGGCAAAAAAGCAUCAGCAGCCCCGUCUGCAGGAGGGAAACGUAGGGGAAGACCCAAGAAGGAGGAGAAGGAAGAAAAGGCAUCCCAAGAAUCAUCUGAGGAGGAGGAGGAAGAGGAGGAGGACCAGUAAUUCAACACAUGCUACCUCACUCAACAUACUGACUUACUGUUAAUCAGAACUGGGCUGUUUCUCCAACACCAGUGCCACCAUAUGACCACUGUUCACAACAAAGCCCCCCUUUUUUUGCCAAAGGCGGGUUAACACAGUACAUGUAUCAUGCAGCAGCACUGGAUUUAUUAAAAACAACAACAACAACAAAAAAAAACAAUGGACUUUCUCAAGCAUUAGAUUUGAGAUUUGCGUGACCGGUAAAAGUUCUUCUGUCAUGUAAUCACAAAUUCUUUGUUCUACUGGAUAAAGUGUGCUCUGAGGAGCCUAGGUGUCUGUUUCUUUUUUUGUCUCGUUUCCCCCCCUUUAAAUAACGCUUUGUAGGACUUUCUCUGCUCAGUCAUAUUUGUUGCAUCUGUCACAGUAGAGCAUAUAGAUUCUUGUUUUAUACUGGACGAAGGUGAAUUUUACCUAUUUGCUGUUAGGUUUUUUUUAAUUAUUUGGGUGAAGUGGUUGACCUAUCCAUUGCAUUGUAAUAUAGAUGGAGAUGAGCUCCAGCGUUUAGUACGAGAAUAGGUUACUUAUGGUAGAGGUGUCUGUUCCACGUUAAUCUCCUUUUCCGGCUUGAUUAGAGCGUCUUGACCACCUUUUUUCCUCUAGAACAGUUUCAAUUUAGCAGCGCUUCUCCAACAUUCUCAGUUCUUUGCAUGUAGUGGGGAGAUGUAAAGUUUGUUGGGAUGAUCCGGUCUGUUUUUUGUUUUGUUCGUUUGUUUUUCUGGGUUAAAUAACAUUUUAAUAAUCAUGUGUCGUUUUUUAUGUUUAGAACUCGGUGUCGGCAGAAUUUUAGGCUGAAAGUAAUCAGUGUCGUUUCUUCAGGGAGCUUUUACAAAUGCUGUUACAUUGGCGUCUUCACACAAGCGCUCGCUCAAUCAUUCACAAAAAUCACUGCAACUGGUCAAACGAUACGUUUGAUUGUAAUAGUGGGUAGUUGGUGGCACUACUAUCCAACAGGGCUGUACAGUUUGCGUUCCAUCUAGCUUUCAAUGCUUUACCUAGCGCCUUUUUUAUGUUUUAUUUUUUUGUCCUCAGUAUUGUAUCAGUAAUGUAACCCUAGUUUUCUCGAGGCAUAUAUUGUACGCUGUCUACGACGAUGAACUAAGACGUCUUUUCAUUGUUCAGUCCACUUAACUGGGUUUAUUUUUUUUUUUCCCACAUACCUAAGCUGCUACAACCUCCGUUACAAAACCCGGAAAACUGCAAACGGGCGCGACAAAAGCCUGGACGUUCAUACCUCGCUUUAACAGGUGACUUAACAUGCAAUCGCAUUUAACUGGUUUUGUUUUUAAUGCCACAUCUGGUGAGAGUAAAGUUGUUUUUCUUUUUACAAACCUGACUGCAACACGUAUCGAAGGUGUUCAGUGUGAAAUGUGUGCAUAAAUGUCUUUGCUUGUUCACAGCCCGAGCUUGCCGACAGGUUGUUUUUAAAUGUGUGAAGUAAGUCAGGGAGACCUGUCAGCUCGACAACCGUGUUCACGGACUGUGGUAGAUUAGAAAGUGUUUGGUUUUUUUUUUUAUUUCUCUGGUGCACUGAAAUGUUAGUUCAGUUUUUCAUGGACAAAUGUGCUUUUAUGUAAACCCGGCGCUCUUCACAGUUCUGUUGGCCGUCGUGUGUUUCCUCCGUCUCCACACGCAGCCGCUCUUUUUAUCAAACGAGUCACUUUACAUCUCUUAUCCUCUUCCAACGACACGCCAGUUUCAGAACAUCGUUUGACUUGUAUACUGUAAGCUCGACAGGAUGGGAUCAUUUCUUUUUGAUGUACAUCUAUAUAAAUGUACAAUGUCUAUAUUUCUAUGGUGCCCUACAAUUUGUAUCAGAAAUGGUCAAUAAAAAGAACUUU